GGUAAUAAAAUGCUCAGCAAAUUAUUGAGAUCAACAUGCUUAGGUGAACUAACACACUGUGAAUGCAUUCAGCAGCAAGGUCAUGAAGGGAGAAUAUGUGAUUGGUAUCGAUUUAGGUACUACAAACUCUUGUGUGUCAAUUAUGGAAUCUGGAACACCCAAAGUUAUUGAGAACGCAGAAGGUAUGAGAACAACACCAUCAGUCGUUGCAUUUACCGCUGAUGGACAAAGAAUAGUGGGAGCACCAGCUAAGAGAUAGGCUGUAACAAAUCCUGAAAACACAGUUUAUGCAACAAAGAGAUUGAUUGGUAGAAGAUUUGAUGACCCAAAUGUUUAGAAAGACAUCAAGCAUUUAAGUUAUUCAGUUGUGAGAGCCUAAAAUGGUGAUGCCUGGGUUAGUUUGAAAAGUGGCUAAACCUAUUCACCAUCCUAAAUUGGAGCCUUUGUCUUAAUUAAAAUGAAGGAAACUGCUGAUGCCUACAUUGGAAAACCUUAAUCAAAGGCAGUCGUUACAGUACCUGCUUAUUUUAAUGACUCACAAAGAUAAGCCACCAAGGAUGCCGGUAAGAUUGCUGGUUUAGAUGUUCUGAGAAUCAUCAAUGAACCAACAGCAGCUGCAUUGGCCUUUGGUUUGGAAAAGAAAGAUAACAAGAUCAUCGCAGUUUAUGAUUUAGGAGGUGGUACAUUCGAUAUUUCUAUUUUGGAAAUUAAUGCAGGAGUAUUUGAAGUCAAGGCAACUAAUGGUGAUACAAGUUGUGGAGGUGAGGAUGUUGAUUCCAUUCUAUCCAAUUGGAUCAGUCAAGAAUUCAAGGCAUAAGCCGGAGUUGAUAUUUAAAAGGAUAAAAUGGCUGUCCAAAGAGUCAGAGAAGCUGCUGAAAAGGCUAAAAUUGAAUUGUCAUCAACAACUCAAACUGAUAUUAACUUACCAUAUUUGACUGCUGAUGCCUCAGGUCCAAAGCAUUGCAAUCUCAAAUUGACCAGAGCCAAACUCGAAUCUUUGACUGAAGAUUUCCUUAAGAAAACAAUCAAACCAAACUGA